AUGGAGAAGCUAGAGGGAGGGCUCUUCUUCAUUGGUCCGGAAAGGACAUUUGAGACUGGAGAGUCGAGGGAAGUCAACCGAGAAGGAAGUGACCAAGUUCACUCCUGGAUACUAAUUACAAGCCAAGCGGUUAGCACAGUCUGGAGAAUAACAAGGGCUUUUGUGAUGAUGGCUGUGUCGCUUCUGACAGCUUCCCUCUGCUACUUCAGAAGGUUGCAUCUGUAUUUAGGACAUCGGCUGAAAUGGUGGAUUGGAUAUCUGCAGAGAAAAUUCAAAAGAAACCUCAGUGUGGAGGCAGAAGUAGAUUUGCUCGGCUAUUGUGCAAGAGAGUGGAAAGGAGAAACACCGCGUGCCAAGCUGAUGAGGAAGGCUUAUGAGGAACUCUUCUGGAGGCACCAUAUCAAAUGUGUUCGGCCAGUGAAGAGAGAUAACUACGAUGCUCUCAGAUCCGUGUUGUUCCAGAUCUUCAGCCAAGGUCUCUCUUUCCCAUCAUGGAUGAAAGAAAAGGACAUUGUGAAGCUUCCUGAAAAACUACUCUUUUCUCAAGGCUGUAACUGGAUCCAGCAAUACAGUUUCGGGCCUGAAAAGUACACAGGUUCCAACGUGUUCGGAAAGUUACGGAAAUGUGUGGAAUUAUUGAAGAUGCGGUGGACUGAGUUUAGUGGGAUGAGAGAUUACCACAAGAGAGGGAGCAUGUGCAACAUACUCUUCUCCGACGCCAUCCUGGAGUAUAAGCUGUACGAAGCUUUGAAGUUCAUCAUGCUCUACCAGGUCACGGAAAUGUACGAGCAGAUGAAGACUAACAAGGUCAUCCCCAGCCUCUUCCGACUCCUGUUUUCCAGGGAGUCGUCAUCAGAUCCUCUGAGCUUCAUGAUGAAUCACCUGAAUUCCAUAGGGGACACCUGUGGAUUGGAACAGAUUGACAUGUUUAUACUUGGGUAUUCCCUGCAAGUAAAGAUCAAAGUGUUCCGACUGUUCAAGUUUAACUCCAGAGACUUUACAGUCUGCUAUCCCGAAGAGCCUCUCAGGGACUGGCCAGAGAUCUCACUGCUGACCGAGAACGACCGCCAGUACCACAUUCCCGUCUUUUAAGUCUGCAGUGGACUGAACAUCAGCUUUUCUCAGUGACAGUGGUUACACUUGCAAGAAGAAUGUUUCUGAAAAACCUACAGUAGCCUUUCAGUCAAGGAGGGCACUAAGACCUACGGGAACCCUGGGUGGAGAGAGCCAGGGUGCUUCGCCGUUCUCCUUCAGUGGUUCCCUCCACAACAGCACACAUUUGGGCUUUGGUUGGUUGGCUUUGUCAAACGAGAUCUGUUGGGGGUCACAGGAUGUUGUG